AUGAACCUUGAAAAGAGCGCCAACGAGGAUCACCUUGCGUACGGAAUGCGAGAAUUCCUUGAGUAUUUGAGUAUCAAGGAUUGCGAGACCAUUGCCGGAAAUGUUAAAGCCGUAGAACAGAGGAAAAAGAUCAAAAACCCAUUGAAUGCUGGAGCUGCUAAGGGACACACUUCGCAAGGAGAUGUAAAAAAAACCGUGGUUUUGCAAGAAGUGCAAGACAAGUGGUCAUCGAGAGAAAUUCUGCGACAUUGCGAAUCAGAAAAAGGAGGUAAGCUCACCAAUACAUCGAGAAGAAACUAUCACCGCAGCGACAAAAAGAAACAUGCUGAGAGCGAUUCCAAGAAAAACGUUUGCUCCACAGAGAUCUCAAACGGUUCUGCGAAUGUUAACGUCACACAUGCAGUUACGUCUGGACGAACAUGGGAUCUCCGAACUGAGAAGGCAAACGUUACUAUGAAAAAGGCUAGUGGUGAUCGUGUGAAUAUCCGAGGAAAGCUGAAGUGUACAAUUGACAUGAAAGGCAGCAAAAGUCUAGGAUACGCCUAA